AUGUUCAGUUCGAUUGAAUGUUUGGCCGACUGCAAAACGGAGACGGUAGAAAGGCCAAUGGAGGAGACUAAUGGCGGUAUUGGAGGAGUUCUUGAUGGGGAUACUAGGUAUGUUUAUGUGGCAGCUAACUCGUUAGAAAAGGCCCUGCGGGCCUAAAAAAAUAGAGGUAAAUCCAUUGUAGGCCAAACAUCGAUGCCGAAAGGUUAUAUCGACUUCAUUUUGGUCGAAAAUUGCCUCUCGAGACCUCCAAAAGCGCCCGUUAUAGACAGACUUUGUCUCACGAAUUGCAUUGAGGUUUGUCGUAGAGAGGUUCCACUGUAAGGCUACUAACGCUGGGUUACAGGGAAGACGAUCUAUAACAAACUUCGGGACAACAAACCCUGGCCAUAAUGAGCAACUUCAAAGGUCUAUCAGUCUGUCGUGAAAAAAUGAGAACAGUGUCGUUGCGCCGAUCGCGUCGCUGAAGUGAAAAGCAAUUUGAUUUCCUCCGCGACACAAUUCAUUUUUCUCUGCGACUCUCCAUGCGACAGAGUGCUCAUUAUUUUCCCGACAGACUGAUAAAACAGAAAUUUCUGACGAAAAUAAAUCUCCGCAUAACGAGACUUUACUAUAACGAAUAUCUAUCUUUUGUUCCUUGCAAUUCGUUGUACGGAGGUUCCAAAAAAAUUUUAAUUUUUACUAUCGGCAAAAAGGUCGAAAAAGAGAUCAAAAUAAGCCUGAAUUUGGUAUCAAAACGUAUGGCAAAGACACAAACAAUCUCUUUCUGUCUCUGCGAUACUUUUUGACAUCAAAUUCGGGCUCAUUUCGUUUUCUUCUUCGACCUUUUUGUCGACAGUAAAAAUUAAAUUUUUUUUGGAACCUCUGUGCAACGAAUUGAAAGGAACAAAGAGUAGAUAUUCGUCAUAGAAAACUCUCGCUAUGUGGAGACUUAUUUCGGUCAGAAAUUUUCGCUUUAUCAGUCCGUCGGGAAAAUAAUGAGAACUCUGUCGCAUGGAAAAUCGCAGAGGAAAUGAAUUGUGUCGCGGAGAAAAUCAAAUUGCUUUUCACUUCAGCGACACGAUCGGCCAGAAAUUUCUUCUUUAGACCUCUGAAGUUGCCCGUUAUGACUAGGUUUUGUUGCUUGGUUCUCUGUAUAAUAUCUAAUCCGCAACUUCCAGUAAGCUCCGGGCAAAUUUCUGCUUCGACUGUCAAACACCUUCGCCCUCCAACAGUCAAGCAAUUGCCCAACCAACGUCCGACAUUCAACAGUUUGCGCAAAGCCUGGCCGACCCGACCACUCAACUUUUGAACGCGUCUUUACUCUCCAACAGUAAUCUCCUUCAAAGUGGGAUGCUCUACAAUCCACUGCUGACUUGUAAGUUCUAUUUUGGCAGAUCAAAGUGCAGAUUUUUCGACUGCACUUUGUCGAUUUGAAAGAUUAGAAAGCUACAGUAGUCUUAUCAAAGAAUGAUGCAUCAUAAUCCCGCAUUUCCAUGUAUCCGAGCCAGUUUUUGAUUCGCUCUCUUUUCGCUCUCCAACUCCCUCGAGGGGAUUUAGUACAAAAAGUGCCGAAAUAAUCGAAUUAAAGCGGAUAUAACCCCGGAUAAAAUGUUUUUGGCGCACAUGGCCUUGGGGGAAUUUUGGCUCGGGGUAUGGUAAUUGUUUUUUGGGGUGUUGCGCCAGCGGUUAUUUGUUUUGAAGUUGAAAACCGAGCAAAUCUAUAAGAAUAGCACAAAAGGCCGUAUUUUACCAAAAUUUGGCUACUACAUUAUAAUUUUUUGCCUCACGAGGAAAGUACUUCUAUGGGGUAUGGAGUUACAGGUGGAGACAUACAUCAAAAAAUUUUUCUGAUUCAGAAUAUGCAAAAAUUAGCUGCCUAAUUUUGGUUUGUAAGGGUGAAAAAAUCCUCAGAACUUUUCUUGCAACACCAUACAAAUACCUCUUUUUUAUAUUGGAACUACUAAUUAAGAUGUGAUAUUCCUCAAAUUUGAUAUUUUAAGGCUUGUCAAGAUACAAGGGUUUAUUUUAGCUCAAAACAAAACUUUUGAUUUGGUAAAAACUUGGUCAAAAAGGCAUUUGUGUGGUGUUGCGAGAAAAGUUCUGAGGAUUUUCUCACCCUUUCAAACCAAAAUUGGGCCGCUAAUUUUUAAAUAUUCUGAAUCAGAAAAAUUUUUCGAUUUUUUGAUAUAUGUCUCCACCUGUAACUCCAUACCCCAUCGAAGUACUUUCCUUGUGAGGCAAAAAAUUAUAUUGUAGUAGCCAAAUUUUGGUAAAAUACGGCCUUUUGUGCUAUUCUUAUAGAUUUGCUCGGUUUUCAACUUCAAAACAAAUAACCAUAAUUUUUUAAAUUAAUUUUUUUUAAAUAAUUUAAUUUUUUAAUUUUUUAAUAUUCUGAAUCAGAAAAAUUUUGCUAUUUUUUGAUGCAUGUCUCGACCUGUGUAACUCCAUGCCCCAUAGAAGUACUUUCCUUGUCAAAUUUUUUCCCAACCUUAAAAAAUAGCCGAGUGUUUGAAGCUAUCGUAUUUUACCCUUUUGCAUUCUCCAUUAAAAACUUAAAAUUUUUAAAAUUUCCCUACUACAAUAUAAAUUAUUACCUAAAAAUCCAAUUUUUGCUUUUCAUUUAUUCCCAGUAGUAAUAAAUAAUUUUUCAGUGUGGUCGUGGCAAAAUUUGGGACGAAUUCGCCGUCCCCGCACCACUUUCACUUCGGAGCAAUUGAUGGAAUUGGAGCGACAAUACUCCGAGACCAAGUACUUGAGUCGGCCGUUGCGCUACAAACUGGCGCGCGAAUUGAACCUGACCGAGACGCAGAUCAAGAUCUGGUUCCAGAAUCGGCGAAUGAAGAAUAAGAGGACUCAAAAUGGGCAAACUGCCUCGGGGAGAAAAGAGGACGAAACUCUGGCAAAUUUGACGGAAUAA